GGUUUUACGACGGUGUGCUUACACAAUGACAGUUUCCGUCACUUUGACUUGCAAACUGUAAUCGCGUUGAACAAGCGUUUUCACCGUUUCCAGUUUCCGUUAAAACGACAAUUUCAUCAUUUCAAACUAUCGAUCGAUAUCGAUUACUUUAGCAGAUACAGAAAGAGACACAUUUUGGGAAAAGUACAAGUUGUACUUAAACUCUGAACUUCCAAUUCGAGGCCCAGGAGAGAGCUCGAGCGGCGGCGGCUCCGAAAAGUUUGUUGUUGUCACGUGAUGUGAGACGAAUGUGGCGAUAAAAGUUUGUUUAGAUAGUAAAACUAGGUGGCGUACUACAUUAUCAGAAUCCAGUUGAACACCGUUUUCACUACAAUGCCUCAACCAAAACAUCGAAAGAUUGCUGUUAUAGGUUACAGGUCUGUAGGGAAGUCAUCUCUUACAAUACAGUUUGUGGAAGGACAGUUUGUCGACUCCUAUGACCCCACCAUCGAAAACACCUUUAACAAAAUGGUCAGCAUGAAUGGUCAAGACUUCAAUCUUCAGCUGGUUGAUACAGCUGGACAAGAUGAGUACUCAAUUUUUCACCAAUCCCACUCAAUGGACAUCCAUGGGUAUGUCCUUGUCUAUUCAGUGACUUCCAUGAAAAGUUUUGAAGUUGUGCAGGUCCUACAUGACAAGCUUCUAGACAUGGUUGGGAAGAUUCAGGUACCAACUGUCCUUGUAGGGAACAAAAAAGAUCUACACAUGGAAAGGGUUAUCAAGCCAGAGGAGGGGAAAAAACUUGCUGAUUCCUGGGGUGCUGCAUUCAUGGAGUCCUCAGCCAAGGAGAAUGAGACUGCUGUGGAGGUUUUCAAGCGGAUCAUUUUGGAGAUGGAGAAAGCUGAUGGAAAUGCACCCCCAGAGGAGAAGAAGUGCGCUGUGAUGUAAAAAAGUGUAUCCAGGACAUCAAUGAGCUCAUUUGCUGAAGACAGGAGGCACAACUUCACCAGCUUGCCAACCGUGACCUCGCCACCACCAAGACACUGCAGUGGAACUUUUCUGCUCCACUGUGAUAACAGAUUGAUUUACCUAGCAAAGCAACUGCUCAGACAGUUGAUAAACUAUCCCACUAUUUGUAACCACAGGGAGAAGUUUCUAAGAGCAAGAUUAAUCUUUGUUUUAGACAAAGGAACACCGUCAGUGAACACUUUCUUAAAAUACUGAAAUGCAAUCUAUGACUGGGCAAAAUAUUUACUUUGAGUUCAACUAAAUGCUCAGAAAACAAAACAUUGCCAAACAUAUUGGUCCCAAUUUUUUUGAUAAACGUAUUAUGGUAAUAACUACUUGUAAAUCAGAUGUUUGAGACAUCAUUCGUUAUUGUGUCGUAACUCUUGGAGUAUGUACAGUGAGGACUUGUUAAUAACCUUUUUAAAGGACUGGUAUUAUUUCAGCAGGUCUUUCUUUGACAGUGAUGGAGAGUCACAGUACACAUUGCUUUAAAUGUGGUGUUUAAAUGUCAGUAUUUCUCACAAAUGGUGGAUAUCCUUGAACUCCCAGGGAUGAGAAGAAGAAAUUUCACUGGGGUUUCACAGCUCUACUUACUGUAAUUUUUAUUAACUCCUCUUCAGGUACCUUUUACCAAUGAACUCUUGAACUGUUCACAAUGGAGGGAAUCUAUUUGUAUAUGUAACAACUCAUGUUUUCUUUGGCUAAGCAGAUGAGUCCUCUUCCAUUGUUUCAACAGUUUAAUUUCUUCUUAUUGACUGUAAUAAAGAUGUUAUGGACAGCCCUCAGAAAUUUAGUAUAGAUAUUCACCAGUUAUGGCCUUUUUAUUACAUUAUAAAUAGAAUCUUAGAAAUUGGUUUAAUACUAUGGUUAUAUCAUGGGUGGUGCAGGUUUACUCUAACUUCAGUAUCCUAAGUAGAGUACAUGGUUAUAAGUGUGUUAUAAUUAUGAACAUUGUUGAGUUUCAGUUUUUAAUUUUUUUUUAUUUUAACAUUGAAUAAGACUAUUUAAUUGGCUUAAGGCCACAGAGUUAGCUUAGUAAUUUUUGAGCUCAUGGUUUUGAUUUGAUUGUUCAUGCAGGCUUGAAGCCCAGAUGGCAUGCAGUCCAUUUAAUUCAUAUUGUGUACUUGCAUGAUCACUGUCAAAUGCUUGAGAUCCUUAAUGGCUUAUCUUAGAUCUUGUAACUUUACAAAGACAUGACACAAUGUGGACCCCCCCACCACCACCACACACACACACAGACAAAAUCCUCAUGUUGUACCUAUAGUGGGUAGUUUGGUAGUAAAAUGGGUAGUUUUUAUCAAGUGCUUUGCUGAGUAUGUAGUUGAUUGAUGGGUGAUUGAUGAUGGUUAAAGAUAAGCGGUGAUGCUGUGUCUUGUGCCUUACAGUUCAAACUCCCUCAUCUGCUUCCCUUCAUGACUCAUGGUGCUCUUAAAGUUUUUUUUCUCUCCUUCUGUUGACUUGAUACCAUGGCGCAGGUGGUGUUGUGCACCUGAAUACCAAUACCCCCUCGCGGGUCAAUGUUAAUUCAGAAAUCUUGCUGUAAACAGUUUUGUAUAUAAAUAAAUCUGUUACUCAUUUGA